ACCACGUGAUGCCAACGUCUCUUUGCUGAAUGAACCAACUCUGGUGAUAUCUCGCUGUAUGCGUUCAAGGCUGCAUAGUGAAUACAUUGCUCUCUCUUUGUUACAUUCUGGAAAUUCCAAUCUCUCACUCAUUAGUUCGCUGUUGUUGAGAUCUGUAUCAUAUCAUGCCUGAAGCACUUGUGGUUGGAGCUUUAGUUAAUGGCUUGGCCAACGUUGUUCUUGACAGGCUCAUUUCAUCUGAGUUUCUCAACUUGGUGGUGGGCAAGAAGCUGGAUCGGAAGUUGGUUGAGAAGCUGAAGACUGCUAUCUUGGCGGCCAAAGCUCUGGCUGCUGACGCUGAGAAGAAGCAGUUUGGAAACGAACUUUUCAGGGAGUGGCUUCAUAGUCUCAAAGAUGCUCUCUACACUGCUGAUGACUUGCUGGACCGUGUCUUCAUCAAAGCUGAAAUUCGCAACAAGGUACGCAUUCGUCUUCCUCACUUCCUUGAUCUGUCUGGUAGGAAGAUGGUGACUAAGAUAGAAGAGGUGGUUGAAAGAAUAGAAGAUCUUGAGAGACGCAAAGAUACCCUUGGUCUGAGAGAGAUUCAAACAGGAAGCUCUUCAUGGAGACCUCCAUCCACUUCUCUUGUGAAGGGGAAUGUGUUCGGCAGGGAUGGUGACCAACAGGCACUAAUCAAGAUGCUCAAUGACAACAAUCAUCAUAACUUGUCCGUCAUCUCUAUUCUUGGUAUGGGUGGUGUUGGUAAAACUACUUUAGCGCAAUGGCUGUACAACAAUAAGGAUUUGAUGGAUGGGGUUGAUCUGAAAGCAUGGAUUUGUGUUUCUGAAAAUUUUGAUGUUGUUGAGACUACAAAGAAUGUUAUAAAGGGGAUCUCUUCAGGUGUUUGUGGUCUUGACGGCUUUGAUUUACUUCAACAAGAUUUGAAGGAAAAACUGUCGGAAAAGAAGUUCUUCAUUGUUUUGGACGAUGUUUGGAGUGAAGAUGCUGACAAAUGGAAUAGUUUUAUCACCCCUUUUCAACAUGGGAGAAAGGGAAGCACUAUUCUUCUAACUACCCGCAUGGUAAAUGUUGGUCAGAUAGUCCAACACUAUAACUCUUACACCCUCAAUCAACUGUCAGAUGAUUAUUGUUGGUCUAUUUUUGCGGACAAUGCAUCCUUUCCUGAAUCAAAUGGGAGCUCCGAACUGGAAGGAAUAGGUAGAAAGAUUAUCGAGAGGUGUGAUGGCUUGCCGUUAGCUGCAGAAACACUUGGUCGCCUGUUGCGCUCAGAGCGUCGUGUUGAAGAAUGGAAUCAUAUACUAUCGAGUGACAUUUGGGAAUUUUCUGUGGCAAAUUGCAAGAUCGUUCCGGCAUUGUUAUUAAGUUACCAUCAUCUGCCUACUCAUUUAAAAUGUUGCUUUGUUUAUUGUUCAUUGUAUCCCAAAGAUUAUCUAUUUUAUAAAGAUGAAUUAAUCUUGCUGUGGAUGGCUGAAGAUCUUUUACGACCACCAAAGAAGGGAGAGACUCUAGAAGAAGUUGGUUGCGAGUGUUUCGAUGGCUUGGUUUCAAGACUAUUCUUCAAGCAGGUCGAGAACAAGUUCGGGAAGUAUUUUGUGAUGCAUGAUCUCAUGCAUGACUUGGCAACUUUUCUUGCUGGAGAUCUUUAUUGUAAAUUUGGUGAAAAAGAAGCGAUGAGUAUUCUAACUCGUCAUUUGUUAUACAAUCAUUCAAUCCCUAAGAAAACACGCUCCUCUAGUAAAAUAGAAUCUUUGAGGACAUUAUUGUAUAUCAAUGAUUGGUCUUAUUACGAGAAAGCACCCGCAACGUUACCAUGUGACAUAUUGUCAAAGAAUAAAUACUUUAGAGUUUUGUCCUUUGGUAGACUCAAAAUAUUUCCUGAUUCAAUAGCUAAAAAAUUGAUCCAAUUGCGCUAUUUGGAUCUCUCCUGGAGUGAUGUUAAGAUAUUGCCCGAGUCAUUAUGCAACUUGUGCAAUCUACAAACUUUAAAGUUAGAAGGCUGUUCAAAGCUGACUAUGCUGCCCAAUGGCAUGUAUAAUCUUGUGAGUUUGCGGCAUCUUAAUAUAAAGGGUACUCCUUUGAAAGAAAUGCCAAAAGGAAUGGGCAAAUUAAAACAGUUGCACGUUUUAAGCAAGUUUGUGGUGGGAAAGCAAGAAGACAAAAGAAUCGAAGAGUUAGGAGGGCUUUUAAGUCUUCAUGGAUCACUUGAGAUUGAGAAAUUGGAGAAUGUGGUUGAUGGCAAUGAGGCAAGGAGUGCAAGGAUAAUAGAUAAGAAGCACAUUGAGGAGUUAUUGUUGAAAUGGUCUGUGUCUUCAGGUGAUGACACACAUACUGAUGAACAAGAUAUACUUGGAGGCUUGCAACCACACACUGGCUUGAAAGAGUUAACUAUUGAAAGAUACAAAGGUAAAAUAUUUCCAGAUUGGAUUGGGCAUUCCCUGUACCAAAACAUGACAAGUGUAUCUCUCAAGUCUUGCAAGAAUUGCUACAUGCUGCCUUCACUUGGACAGCUGGCAUCUCUAAAGUCCCUCCACAUUGAAAGGUUUGAUGAGCUGAAGAGCAUUGGCAAGGAGUUUUACAAGAAUGAAGGCGAUCAGCAUUCUUCUUCGCCUAUUGUACCGUUUCGCUCUCUGGAGACAUUGAAAUUUUACGAGAUGUCAUGUUGGAAGGAGUGGCACUUACCUGAGUCAGAAGCCUUUCCUCAGCUUAAGAGGCUUCAAAUAAAAGAGUGUCCAAUGUUAAAGGGAGAUAUGGUUAAUCAGGUAUUAAUGAGAAUUGUUUCUUCCUCAUCGGAUGUUUCCAAAGUGCGCCAACUGGAAAUACGAGAACAUCAUCGAGUAUGGGAUAAAGAGAUGACACUCAAUGGGGAUAGGUUAUCAAUUAGUGGAUUUGAAUCUGUGGUGGAGUGUGCACUUAAGGCAAGGAUCAUCCACCAUCUAACUUCCCUCCAAGAAAUACAAAUCUCGCGGUGUGAGUCUGUUGUAUCCUUGGGGGACACUUGUUUACCCAAAUCUUUGCAAAAGCUCCAAAUGUAUAGGUGCGGCCAAAUUGAAUUACUCCAGCAACAACAGAAAUAUGAUUUGGUAGAUCUACGGAUAACAGAGAGCUGUGAUUCACUGACCUCAUUGUCGUUGGAUGCCUUUCCCAAUCUCCAGAAUCUCGAGAUAAAAGGGUGUUGGAAUCUGGAAUCAGUUUCAAUGUCAGAGCCACCACACGCUGCUCUUCAACGUCUCUCCAUCUAUUUGUGCCCCAACUUUGUGUCAUUUCCGGAAGAAGGACUGGCUACGCCCAACUUGACUCAUCUCGAUGUUAGCAGGUGCUCGAAGUUGGAGGCAUUGCCACGUGGCAUGAAUACUCUUCUCCCAAAUUUACAGUAUCUUGACAUACGAGAUUGCCCAAACAUUUGUAGGUUGCUAGAGGGAAGUUUGCCGGCUAACCUGAAAGAGCUUAGGGUAGGAGAAUGCGAGGAAAAAGUGAGUGGUCUAUCAUGGAUGGGCAACUUGGACAACCUCACUCAUCUCAUCAUUUCUAGUUUAUGGUCUCGGAGCAUGAUAGAGUCAUACCCAGCGGUGGGUUGGCUGCCUGGCCUUCCCUCCCUUACCACUCUUUAUAUUGAAUACUUUGAUAAUCUGGAGACAUUGGAGUGCAACGAGCUUCUCCGCCUCACCUCCCUCCAACAACUACACAUUUCAUACUGUAAGAAGCUGAAGAAUAUGGAAGGAGAAAAGCUGCCUCCCUCUCUCUUACUACUCAAAAUUUACAACUGUGGUUUGCUGGGCAAACACUGCAAGAACAAGCAUCAACAAAUUUGGUCCAAAAUUUCCCACAUUCCCACCAUUCAAGUCGAUGGCAAGCAAAUUUUCUGAGUAGAGGUUUCUGAGCAGGUAGCUUGUGCACAUAUCGAGAUUAAUCCUAUACAUUGGCUAUAUACAUCUUCAUCAAAUUCUAAGUUCAUUUGAGGUGGUAAUUAAGCUGGAUUCAUGUAUUGGGAAACAGAAACUCUGUGUUUUCUGAUUUUGGCUUCAAGUUAUUGAAAAGCAAAGACAUGAUGGAGAAAGUUGGUGGCACUCAUUAUCGAAAAGCUUUGGUUGUUGUUGAUUUCCCAAGGCGACGAAGGUAUGUAACUAAUGCAGUCAAGAUUCAAAGAAUAUGCUUUCCAUAUUUGAAGAUGAUAAUCAUGUACCUGAAGUAGUCGAAGAAGUUGUAGUGAUGCCAUCAGCAACAAUUUCGUUCCUAUCAACUUCACUCAAUGGAAGUACAUAUUGAGGUUUGGUAACCAUAUCUAAAUUAUCUUCAUUCAAUCCAAAGUUCAUCAGAAGAGGUGCUCUGUAAUUUUAACUUCAGUCUCUAUAAAUCUACAGUUGGGGAGUGCUUCAAUGGUGGUUUGGACUGAAAUUUUGACAGCAAGUUCUGGAUGUACUUUUUCGUUCCAAAUGGUUGGAGGAUUAAGAUAAGAUUUGGAGGGUGAGAUAUGACUUGUGUGCGCAAAGUAACUCUGGUGUUGUAAAUUUUUCAUGUGUUUGGUUACAUUUAUAUGCUGUGGUGCUUGAUUGUUUUGACUUAAUGUAAGCAUUUGAUUUGUUUACUUAUUUGAGAUUUUCUUGUAUCCUUACUUAAUU